AUGUGUACCGUCGUAGCAGAUGGCCAAUGGUCAAAGCGUAGUUACAAAACGAAGUAUGAUGCUUUGUCUGGUGUUGCUACUAUUAUUGGCUAUAAGACUAAAAAAAUAUUAUUCAUUGGUAUUCGAAAUCGAUAUUGCGUGAUUUGCCAGAGAUUUAAAAAUAAGAAAACCGAAGGUUCUACUAACCAUACAUGCUUUAUGAACUGGUCAAAAGGAGCAACUAGCAUAGAAGCAGAUGCGGUCGCUGAAGGUUUUAAAAAAAGUGUAGAAAUGCAUGGGUUAAAAUAUAAUAAAUUAAUUGGAGAUGGAGAUUCUAGUGUUACUAAAAGGCUACAAGAGGUAAUGCCAUACGGUCCAAAUUUUUUUAUUGAAAAAAUUGAGUGCCGUAACCAUUUAUUACGGAAUUAUGGCACAAAAUUGACAGGAAUAGUAAAAAAUACGAAAUAUCCAAUUUCAAUUAGGAACCAUAUAAAAAAAAAUCCCGUACGAUUUCGAAGUGCCAUAACUAAGGCCAUGGAUUACCGCAGCAAGUUGCAAUAUGAGACAAAAGAAGAGAAAAUAUUUGGUUUACGAAAAGAUAUCACAAAUAGUUUUCGACAUAUUCUUGGUUACCAUAGAUUAUGUGAACCGUAUUUUUGCAAUGGUCCUAAGCCAAACGAAAUCAAUUAUAUUGACGAAGCUCUGACUACUGGUUUGUUAGAAGAAUUUAUUCAAAUAGUAAACCGCUUAGCAAAUAAUGCUGAAAGUUUAUUGAUGAACGUUGACAAUAAUAUUUGUGAACAAUUUAAUAGCAUCAUAAAUAAACACCUUUCCGGCAAACGAAUAAAUUUUUCACAAAGACAUAAUUACAAUGUCCGAGUAGAAGCAGCUUUACUAUCUCACAACACAUCUGGAAAAUACAUACGUACUAUUCAUAAAGCAUUAGUUCAAGAUAAAAGUCCUGGAGAUGUUGGUAAAAAGUUCUUAAUUUCAAAAGAAAAGAAAAAUGAUCAGAGAAGAAGACGUAUGUUAUUUAAUGAAAAUGUACCUAGAAACACUAAACAUUACGGUCCGGACGCUGAUUAUGGGUUAGCCGAACCUCUAGAAAACGACGAACCCUUUGACUAUGACGAAAUUAAACUUAAAUUUUUAAACACAUUAUGUAUGAAUAUGUAUCAGCGAAAUACUUUAGAAGAAGAAACUCGAAGUCAAUCAAAUUCUAAGAAGUGGCACAUAGAAAGACAAAAGAGAUUAACUGCCUCAAAUUUUGGACGCGUAUGCAAAAAAAGAGCCACUACAUCAUGUAAAAAUCUGGUAUAUGAUUUAGUAUACAGAACUUUUAGUUCAAAGGCUACGGAAUAUGGGAAAGCAAUGGAAUCUUCGGCAAUUGCAGAUUUCGAAAAAACUAUGUUUUUAAAAGUUAAGCCAUGUGGUUUAUACUGCGAUUUAGAAUACCCAUUUUUGGGAGCCAGUCCAGAUGGAGUGAUUGAUGAUGACACUAUUAUUGAAGUUAAAUGUCCAAUAUCAGCUAAGGAUUAUGAUAAUUUUAUUGAUGCUUUCAAUGACAAAAAGUUGCCACAAUGUGAACUUUUUGAUAAAAAAUUAAAAUUAAAAAAAAAUAGCAACUAUUACUACCAGAUCCAAGGACAAAUGCAUAUUUGUAAAAAAACAAAAUGUUAUUUUGUAAUUUAUACUAGCUAUUGGACAAGUAUUGAAAGAGUAGAUUAUGAUGACGAUUUUUGGCAGACUAAAAUGGCACCAAAAUUAGAAAAUUUUUAUAUGAACUGUCUACUGCCGGAAUUGAUCAAUCCACAAUUUGGAAAGAGGUUACUUGUUUCCGAUAUAAAAGACCCGCGGUGA